AUUUUCUCACUUACAGUUAUAGGCAUGUGACGUCAAGAGGCUUUUGACAUCAACCUAUAGGAAGAAAUGGAUGCAUUUAUUUCAAGAAGAAUUGUGCUGUUGGGAAUAACAGGAUCUGGGAAGAGCAGAGCAGGAAAUGUUAUCCUGGGGGAAGAGAAGUUUGCAGUUUCCUCUGAUCCUAACAGUGUAACAAAAGAUUGUCAAACAGAAGAGGGAACCGCAUAUGGCUGGAACAUUACAGUGACUGACACACCAGGGAUCUUUGACACUGGGAGGUCUGUUGAGGAUCUGAAGUAUUCCAUAAUAUCCUGUCUCAUUCACUGUGCUCCUGGUCCACACGCCUUCAUCUUAAUGCUGAAAGUGGGAAAAUACAUUGGAGAAGAGAAAAAGUCUGUGGAGAUGAUGCUGCAGUACUUUGGGGAGGAAGCCCUGAAGCACACAGUUGUCCUCUUCACACAUGGUGAUGAGCUUCAGAAAAACCAGACCAUUGAAGAGUUUGUAGAGAAGAACAAGGAUCUGAAGGAACUUGUUGUUAAGUGUGGAGGCCGAGUCCAUGUCAUUGACUCUCAGUACUGGAACAAAACAGAAGAGGAACUGGGCCAAGGGUCAGGAAGACCAAUCAGCACUGGUAGACACACAUAUGAAUCAGAGUACAGGAGCAACAGUUUUCAGAUUAAAGAGCUGCUGACAACUAUAGAAAACAUGGUGAAAGACAGUAGAGGCUCUUAUUACACCAAUGAAUCACUCAUGAAAAUAGCAGAAGAUAUAGAAAUUGAGAUGAAAAAGAUAAUAGAAGAGAUGCAGGAGAGAAGAGAGAAAGCAGAGGAAUCUGAGAUCAGGAGACAAGCAAGAAAGAGAAUCAAAGACUAA